AUGGCUUCUGUCCUUGAUGAGCUUUUAGGUGUCGGCUUAGGGAGGGGUGCAACCAACUCAGCGUCGUUGCCAGAGAGUCGCUGCAAACACUUGUCGUUAGCGGAAGAGCCACUCAAGGUCUCACUUCGCCCGCUAGCGGUCGAUAGUGUGUCGGCUAACGCAGAGCAGCUCCUGUUGAGGGCAGUUAGAAAGUCAGAGACAGUAGUGCCAGUUAACGCGAAGGAAGUAACUCUAGAGCACAGAACGUAUCAGGUCUCACGGGAGAACCAUACUCCAAGUAGAGAUAGGCUUCCCGAAGAACUCAUCCAAGGAGAGAUAAGCUCCCCGAAGAAAAUCUCUAAGGAGAGGAAAGCUCCAAGGAGAGAUAUGCUCCCAGGAGAGACACGCUCCCAGGAGAGACACGCUCCCAGGAGAAGGCCGCUCCUAGGAGAGGAGAGCUCCAAGGAAAAAGCUCCUAGGAGAGAAGGGCUCCCAAGAGAAGCUUAG